AUGUCUCUUACGAUUUUUCUCUCUGGCAUUUUUGCUCUCACGAUCUUACUUGUAUUAACCUCACCUCGCAAACUACGGUUUCCUGACAUCCCAAGAGUUGGCAAAAAGGCAGGCUUCUGGAACUUUACCCGCACUGCUGCUAAGAGAGAAUUUGUACUUAACGGACACCAUAUCGUGGACGAAGGAUAUCAUAAGUAUAAAGAUGAGGCCUUCAUUGUUCAAACGGAGGAUAUGGAACGCCUCAUCCUCCCUCAUAAGCUCCUCGCAGAACUAAGAAUGUUACCACAAACAAAGCUCGAUCAGUCUACUGCUCUCAUAGAGAGAUGGUUGGGCCGAUUUAGUGGUGUAGAUAUUAUUCUAAAGAGUCGCCAUCACUCUGACGUUUGCAGAGUGCAACUUACCCAGAAUUUGCCUCAAUUUAUACCAGAUAUGGCGUCAGAACUUUCAUUUGCGAUGGCUAAAUCUCUAUCACAUUGCAAUUCGAGAGAUUACACACCAGUAUCCACGUACGCAUUUGUAUACUCAAUGAUUCUCGCAGUAUCCUCACGAGUUUUUGUUGGCCUUCCGCUUUCCCGCGAUCAAGAUUGGCUUGACACCAUCUCUGCAUAUUUGAAUGAAGUGGUUUUCAUCGCCAAUACACUUCGUCCAUAUCCUCGUGUACUGCGGCCAUGUUUACGAGGAAUACUAGCGCCUGAAAGUCGCAUGGAUGCUAUUCUUGCAAAGGCACUUGAAAUUUUAGGACCAGCUAUACAGGAGAGACAAAAGACAGGCUAUGAAGCCAAUGAUCUAUUAGGAUUUCUCAUCUCAACAUCGGAAGUUGUCAAUCCAAAGGAUAUCAUUUUGAAGCUUUUAGUCUUGAAUUCUGCUGCACUACACACCUCUACAAUGGUUGCAGUCCAUACACUAUAUGAUCUCUGCGAGAGACCCACCUACAUCCCUGACUUGCGUGCUGAAAUCAAAGGUGCCUUGGAAGAAGAUAAUGGAUUAUGGAAAAUUUCCGGCAUGGGCAAAUUGAGGAAAUUGGAUAGUUUCAUGAAAGAAUCUAUGCGAUAUAAUCAACCUAAUGCUCUCUCAUUCGACCGCAUAGUCCUUACGCCGCACACCCUCUCUACCGGCCUGCAUCUCCCAAGAGGAACCUUCAUAUCCAUGGCUGCCUCCUCACUAUCUCGAGAUCCCACAUACUACACCGGACCCUCCUCCCCCUCCACAUUCAACCCCUCUCGCUUCUACCAAUCGCUCGCCCAAACACAGACAGGCACUCCCAAUCCUCUCCAAGAAUUCACAGGCAUAGAACCUGGUAAUCUAGCUUGGGGAAAUGGAAGACAAACAUGUCCUGGAAGAUGGUACGCGGGGGCCGUGAUCAAACUUGUUCUAGGAUCAAUAUUGGAGGGAUACGAAUUGAAGUUUCCAGAGGGAGUGAGAAGACCAGAAAAUGUCUACUGGAAUGCAGGGAUUAUGCCGUGUGUGAAGCAGGAAAUACUUUUGAGGAAGUUGGUAUAA